AUGGAACAAAGAAGCUGCGAGCCGCGAAGGGCGCGAGGAUAUUUGCCGGGCUGCGCGGUUAUUGUGCUUUUGUGGUGCGUGGCUUCUGCGGAAAUACGAUAUUCAAUCUUCGAGGAAGUAAACGAAGGAACUGUGGUUGGAAACGUAGCGAAGGAUCUUGGUUUGGAUAAAAGUACACUGAAAGACAGGAAAUAUCGGAUUGUUUCGAGUGCUGCGGACCCCAUUUUCCAUGUAAACCAGGAUAAUGGCAUCCUGUAUGUGAGCCGAAAGAUUGACAGAGAAGAGGUGUGUGCGCAGAGCAGUUCGUGUUUGAUGAAUCUAAAAACAGUGUUAGAAAAUCCGCUGGAGGUGCACUACGUUAGAGUGGAAGUGCAAGAUAUAAACGACCAUUCUCCAACUUUUCCAGAAAGAGAGACUUCGUUGGAAAUUUCAGAGUCAGUGCUGCCCGGAGCAAGAUUCCAGCUUAAACCCGCACGAGACGGGGACAGUGGUCAAUAUUCUGUUCAGCAGUAUAAACUCAGCUCCAACGAACACUUUAGAUUGGAAAUCAAAGACAAAGCUGACGAUGGUAAAAUACCUAUAUUGGUUGUUACAAAAUCCUUAGACAGAGAAACUGCACGAAGCCACUCAUUGUUACUAACGGCACUGGAUGGGGGUAAACCUCCGAAAUCUGGUCAUAUGAAUAUCCGAGUGAAUGUUUUAGAUAUUAACGAUAACACUCCUGUCUUUACUCAAGAUUCAUAUUCUGUUAUGAUCGAUGAAAAUGCUCCAAUUGAGAAAGCCGUUGUACAGGUGAAUGCAACGGAUUUGGAUGAAGGACAGAACGGAGAAGUGGUUUAUUCGUUCAGUAAGAGUAUUAAUCCAACAGUGCUGAAUGUUUUUCAUAUCAACAAAUUAACAGGAGAGAUAACCGUUAAAGGACUGAUAGACUAUGAGGAGAAGGACAGAUAUGAAAUUGAAGUUGAGGCAUCAGAUAAAGGUCUCGCUCCUCUAACUACAGAAAAAAGCGUCAUUAUUAAGAUUGUGGACGUUAAUGAUAAUGCACCUGAGAUUGAAGUUACCUCCUUUUCGAGCUCAAUACCUGAAGACUCCAGACCUGGAACCACAGUUGCUCUUAUCAGUGUCAAUGACCUGGACUCUGGUCUUAAUGGAAAAGUUAUUUGUGCUAUAAGUGAGGAUGUUCCUUUCACUUUGUCACCAUCCUUACAAGAGAAAACGUAUUCUUUAGUCACCAAAUCUCCCCUGGACAGAGAGAAACAGUCACAUUAUGACCUGACAAUAUCUGCUAAAGACGCUGGGCUUCCUCCAUUAUCAUCUGAAAAGACCAUAAGCGUCGUGGUGUCAGAUGUGAAUGACAACAAACCAGAGUUUUCCCUCAGUCCUUACACUUUCUAUGUGACUGAAGCCAAUGAGCCAGGUACCUCUGUGUUUUCAGUGAAAGCUUUUGAUCGGGAUGAAAAUGACAAUGCGCUUAUUUCAUAUCAUAUUCUCAGAAAUGGAGGAGAAGAAAAUAAGUUGGCAUCUUUUCUGAACAUAAACACUGAAACUGGAGAUAUUUUGGCAUUAAAAAGCUUCGACUUUGAAACAGUGAAAACGUUCCAGUUCCAAGUUGUGGCCUCAGAUUCUGGAACUCCGUCCCUGAGCAGCAACGUCACAGUGAACGUGUUCAUUCUGGAUCAGAACGACAACGCUCCAGUCAUCCUGUAUCCAGUCAGCUCCAACGGCUCUGCUGAAGGUGUGGAGGAGAUUCCCCGCAAUGUGAACGCAGGACACUUGGUGACUAAAGUCAGAGCCUAUGACGCUGAUAUAGGAUAUAACGGCUGGUUGCUCUUCUCACUGCAGGAAGUCACUGAGCACAAUCUCUUUGCUUUGGACCGCUACACAGGACAGAUCAGAACACUUCGCUCAUUCACAGAGACAGACGAGGCUGUGCAGAAACUCAUCAUACUGGUCAAAGACAAUGGCAACGUGUCCCUCUCUGCUACAGCUACUGUCAUUGUCAAAGUUGUGGAGCCCAAAGAGGCUUUUGCUGCUUCUGAUGUGAAAAGUGCAACAAAGGAAGAUGAGGAGAGUAAUGUCACUUUUUAUCUAAUGAUCACUUUGGCCUCAGUCUCAGCUCUUUUCAUCAUCAGCAUCAUCGUGCUGAUUGCAAUGCAGUGCUCCAAAUCCACAGACUAUACUUCCAAAUAUCUCCAAGAGACUAACUAUGAUGGCACACUGUGUCACAGCAUCCAGUACAGAUCUGGAGACAAACGCUACAUGUUAGUGGGACCCAGGAUGAGUAUAGGAUCCACUAUAGUCCCGGGCAGCCAUGCCAACACACUAGUGCUCCCUGACAGGAGGAGGGCAUCCACCGAGGGUUUUACCAUGGAACAAAGAGGCUGUAAGCCACGGAGGGCGCGAUAUUUGCCGGGCUGCUUGGUUGCUGUCCUUUUGUGGAACGUGGCUUUUGCGGAAAUACGAUAUUCAAUCUCCGAGGAAGUAAACGAAGGAACUGUGGUUGGGAACAUUGCAAAGGAUCUUGGAUUGGAUAAAAGUACACUGAAAGACAGAAAGUAUCGGAUUGUUUCAAGUAAUGAAGAUCCUCUUUUCUAUGUGAACCAAAACGAUGGCGUCCUGUAUGUGAGACGGAAGAUUGACAGAGAAGAGGUGUGCGCGCAGAGCAGUACGUGUUCGAUAAAUCUGAAAACAGUGUUAGAAAAUCCACUGGAGGUUCAUUAUGUUGAAGUAGAUGUGAUGGAUAUAAAUGACCAUCCUCCUACUUUCCAAGACAAAGAGAAACGGUUGGAGGUAUCAGAGUCCGUUUUGCCGGGAGCGAGAUUCCAGCUUAAACCCGCACGGGAUCUGGACAGUGGUCAUUUCUCUGUUCAGCAGUACAAACUGAGCAAUAACGAUUACUUCAGAUUGGAUGUGAAGAAUAAGGGGAACGACGGUAAAAUACCAAUUUUGGUUGUUCAAAAAGCUUUAGACAGGGAAACUGCACGAAGCCACUCAUUAGUUCUGACUGCAAUUGAUGGAGGGAAACCUCCCAAAUCUGGUGAAAUGAAUAUUCUAGUGAAUGUUUUGGACGUGAAUGAUAACGCGCCUGUAUUCCUUCAAGAUGUUUAUUCCAUGAAGCUCAAUGAAAAUGCUCAAGUAGGUACAAAAGUCACACAGGUGAACGCUACUGAUGCAGACGAAGGUCAAAACGGAGAGGUAGUUUAUUCAUUUAGUAACAGUAUAAAUCAAAAUAUACUGCAUUUAUUUGAGAUCAAUCAAAUAACAGGUGAGAUAACUGUUAAAGGAUUAAUAGAUUAUGAAGACAAUGAUGUAUAUGAAAUUGAAAUUGAGGCAUCAGAUAAAGGUUCUGUUCCUCUCACUACAGAGAAAAGUGUCAUUAUUAAGAUAGUUGAUGUUAAUGAUAAUGCACCUGAGAUUGAAGUUACCUCUUUUUCAAGCUCAAUCCCUGAAGACUCCAGACCUGGAACUACAGUUGCUCUAAUCAGUGUCAAUGACCUGGACUCUGGUCUAAAUGGAAAAGUUAUCUGUUCCAUAAGUGAGGAUGUUCCUUUCACUUUGUCACCAUCCUUACGAGAUAAAAUGUAUUCAUUAGUCACCAAAUCUCCCCUGGACAGAGAGAAACAGUCACACUAUGAUCUGACUAUAACUGCUAAAGACGCUGGUCAUCCUCCAUUGUCAUCUGAAAAGACCAUAAGCGUUGUGGUGUCAGAUGUGAAUGACAACCGUCCAGAGUUUUCACUCAGUCCUUAUACUUUCUAUGUGACUGAAGCCAAUGAGCCAGGUACCCCUGUGUUUUCAGUGAAAGCUUUUGAUCGAGAUGAAAAUGACAACGCACUUAUUUCAUAUCAUAUUCUCAGAAAUGGAGGAGAAGAAAAUAAGUUGGCAUCUUUUCUGAACAUAAACACUGAAACUGGAGAUAUUUUGGCCCUAAAAAGUUUCGACUUUGAAACAGUGAAAACGUUCCAGUUCCAAGUUGUGGCCACAGAUUCUGGAACUCCGUCCCUGAGCAGCAACGUCACAGUGAACGUGUUCAUCCUGGAUCAGAACGACAACGCUCCAGUCAUCCUGUAUCCAGUCAGCUCCAACGGCUCUGCUGAAGGUGUGGAGGAGAUUCCCCGCAAUGUGAACGCAGGACACUUGGUGACUAAAGUCAGAGCCUAUGACGCUGAUAUAGGAUAUAAUGGCUGGUUGCUCUUCUCACUGCAGGAAGUCACUGAGCACAAUCUCUUUUCUUUGGACCGCUAUACAGGACAGAUCAGAACACUUCGCUCAUUCACAGAGACCGACGAGGCUGAGCAGAAACUCAUCAUACUGGUCAAAGACAAUGGCAACGUGUCCCUCUCUGCUACAGCUACUGUCAUUGUCAAAGUUGUGGAGCCCAAAGAGGCUUUUGCUGCUUCUGAUGUGAAAAGUGCAACAAAGGAAGAUGAGGAGAGUAAUGUCACUUUUUAUCUCAUGAUCACUUUGGCCUCAGUCUCAGCUCUUUUCAUCAUCAGCAUCAUUGUGCUGAUUGCAAUGCAGUGCUCCAAAUCCACAGACUAUACUUCCAAAUAUCUACAAGAGACUAACUAUGAUGGCACACUGUGUCACAGCAUCCAGUACAGAUCUGGAGACAAACGCUACAUGUUAGUGGGACCCAGAAUGAGCAUAGGAUCCACUAUAGUCCCGGGCAGCCAUGCCAACACACUAGUGCUCCCUGACAGGAGGAGGGCAUCUACUGAGGCUUCGGGUUUUACCAUGGAACAAAGAAGCAGCGAGGGACGAAUGGCGCGAGGAUAUGCGCUCAGAUUCGUGGUUGCUGUCCUUUUGUGGAGCGUGGCUUUUGCGGAAAUAAGAUAUUCAAUCUCGGAGGAAGUAAACGAAGGAACUGUGGUUGGAAAUAUAGCGAAGGAUCUUGGAUUGGAUAAAAGCACUCUGAAAGACAGAAAGUAUCGGAUUGUUUCAAGUAAUGAAGAUGCCCUUUUCCAUGUGAACCAAAACGAUGGCGUCCUGUAUGUAAGCCGAAAGAUUGACAGAGAAGAGGUGUGCGCUCAGAGCAGUACGUGUUCGAUAAAUCUGAAAACAGUGUUAGAAAAUCCGCUGGAGGUUCAUUAUGUUGAAGUAGAUGUGGUAGAUAUAAAUGAUCAUCCUCCUAUAUUCCCAGAGAAGGACAAAAGGUUGGAGAUUUUCGAGUCUGUUUUACCCGGAGCGAGAUUUCAGCUAAAACCCGCAAGGGAUCUUGACCGCGGUCAGUUCUCUGUACAGCAGUACAAAUUGAGCAACAACGAUCACUUCAGAUUAGAUGUGAAGAAUAAGGGGAACGACGGUAAAACACCGAUUUUGGUUGUUCAAAAAGCUUUAGACAGGGAAACUGCAAAACGUCACUCAUUAGUUCUGACUGCAAUUGAUGGAGGGAAGCCUCCCAAAUCUGGUGAAAUGAAUAUUGUAGUAGAUGUUUUGGACGUGAAUGAUAACGCACCUGUAUUCCUUCAAGAUGUCUAUUCUGUUACACUACCUGAAAAUGCUCCUGUGGGUACAACAGUCGUACAGGUUAACGCAACAGAUUCAGAUGAAGGUCCCAAUGGAGAAGUGCUUUAUUCAUUCAGCAACAGUAUAAAUCAAAAUAUACUAAAUAUUUUUCAGAUCACUCAAAAUACAGGUGAGAUAACUGUUAAAGGAUUAAUAGAUUAUGAAGACAAUGAUGUAUAUGAAAUUGAAAUUCAAGCAUCGGAUAAAGGUUUUGUUCCUCUCACUACAGAAAAAAGCGUCAUCAUUAAGAUAGUUGACGUUAAUGAUAAUGCACCUGAGAUUGAAGUUACCUCAUUUUUGAGCUCAAUACCUGAAGACUCCAGACCUGGAACUACAGUUGCUCUUAUCAGUGUCAAUGACCUGGACUCUGGUCUUAAUGGAAAAGUUAUUUGUUCCAUAAGUGAGGAUGUUCCUUUCACUUUGUCACCAUCCUUACGAGAUAAAAUGUAUUCAUUAGUCACCAAAUCUCCUCUGGACAGAGAGAAACAGUCACAUUAUGACCUGACAAUAACUGCCAGAGAUGCUGGUCAUCCUCCAUUAUCUUCUGAAAAGACCAUAAGUGUUGUGGUGUCAGAUGUGAAUGACAACAAACCAGAGUUUUCACUCAGUCCUUAUACUUUCUAUGUGACUGAAGCCAAUGAGCCAGGUACCUCUGUGUUUUCAGUGAAAGCUUUUGAUAGGGAUGAAAAUGACAACGCGCUUAUUUCAUAUCAUAUUCUCAGAAAUGGAGGAGAAGAAAAUAAGUUGGCAUCUUUCCUGAACAUAAACACUGAAACUGGAGAUAUUUUGGCCCUAAAAAGUUUUGACUUUGAAACAGUGAAAAUGUUCCAGUUCCAAGUUGUGGCCUCAGAUUCUGGAACUCCGUCCCUGAGCAGCAACGUCACAGUGAACGUGUUCAUCCUGGAUCAGAACGACAACGCUCCAGUCAUCCUGUAUCCAGUCAGCUCCAACGGCUCUGCUGAAGGUGUGGAGGAGAUUCCCCGCAAUGUGAAUGCAGGACACUUGGUGACUAAAGUCAGAGCCUAUGACGCUGAUAUAGGAUAUAACGGCUGGUUGCUCUUCUCACUGCAGGAAGUCACUGAGCACAAUCUCUUUGCUUUGGACCGCUACACGGGACAGAUCAGAACACUUCGCUCAUUCACAGAGACAGACGAGGCUGAGCAGAAACUCAUCAUACUGGUCAAAGACAAUGGCAAUGUGUCCCUCUCUGCUACAGCUACUGUCAUUGUCAAAGUUGUGGAGCCCAAAGAGGCUUUUGCUGCUUCUGAUGUGAAAAGUGCAACAAAGGAUGAUGAGGAGAGUAAUGUCACUUUUUAUCUCAUGAUCACUUUGGCCUCAGUCUCAGCUCUUUUCAUCAUCAGCAUCAUCGUGCUGAUUGCAAUGCAGUGCUCCAAAUCCACAGACUAUACUUCCAAAUAUCUACAAGAGACUAACUAUGACGGCACACUGUGUCACAGCAUCCAGUACAGAUCUGGAGACAAACGCUACAUGUUAGUUGGACCCAGAAUGAGUAUAGGAUCCACUAUAGUCCCGGGCAGCCAUGCCAACACACUAGUGCUCCCUGACAGGAGGAGGGCAUCUACAGAGUGAAAAAGUUCCAGUUCCAAGUUGUGGCCUCAGAUUCUGGAACUCCGUCCCUGAGCAGCAACGUCACAGUGAACGUGUUCAUUCUGGAUCAGAACGACAACGCUCCAG